GACGUCCAUCUAGUGGCAGGAAGAGAAACAGCUACCCAUGGACGUCACUGUCGUAAAAAAGCAGCGUGUUGCCGCAUCGCUUGACGGCAAUUUGCAAUUACAAAAUUCGACAUGGCGUCCUCAUUGAUUUGCAGCGAAACCCAGAGCAGGGUGAGUUCAGUGCUAAACAGAGAUGUGAAGCAGUAUGGAAAGAAGUACAUGUUUGACUGCAAUGAAGAGACAUGCUGGAACUCAGACCAGGGUGAAUGUCAGUGGGUGUCUCUGGAGUUCCCCCAGUCUGUCAGGGUGUCAGAGUUAAAGGUCCAAUUCCAGGGAGGCUUCUCAGCAAAAACAUGCAGACUAGAAGGUUGCCCAAAAGAUGGAGACUUUACAGUGAUCAGCCAUUUUUAUCCAGAGGACAACAACUCUCUUCAGAGCUUUCCCAUACAGGAGGCCCCUAAAGUGGACAAAGUAAAAAUAAUGUUUGAGAAUAGUGCCGACUUUUUUGGGAGGAUUAUUGUUUAUUCCUUGGAUGUCCUUGGGGGGAAAACCUCAUGACCACUAUUUUUUAAAAUCCUCUCAUGAGAGAGGAAAUGACCCCUGAGUAAAGUACAGGAUGCAGGAUGGUGCAGUGGCACUUGGGAAACAUGUCAUCCGUACUGCCGCGUCGUGAACUGAUGUGAAUGAGGCCUUUUUUGGUAUGGGCGCUUUCAAGGAUCUGUCAAGCCAUCUCACUUUUGAUUACUCAAACACAGAAGGCUUGGCAUGGAGUCUGAGUUUUAAUUGCAGAUUUAAUGGGUUUCUUGUGAUUAUAUAAUUUGUUAUCAUGCUCUCUAUAUUUAUGUUGUGCCUUUUGAGUUGAAGCGCCAUUCCAGUGGAACACACAGUAUAAAAAUAAAUUUUUAUUAAAACUU